AUGAGUGGGAUUAAAGGCGGUGUCGGGAGCUUUCUGUUACGCCGCUCUGCCCCGAAAAGCAUCCGACAGCGCCACCUCACCGGCCCGCAGUUUAACAAACGAAAGUUUUUUAAUUUUCCCAAAGGGCAUCACCGGCUGUAUCGUCGUGUGGCGCCGAUGAUGCAACUCACGGCCUCCCCAACGCAUCAACUCGAGCACGAGCGCUUUGCGCACCUCCCGGGCGACGUGCGGAGGCGCCCCGCCGAGGAUUUCACCUUCAGUCCACGCGUCGAUAGGGCGUUGUACGCGUGGGAGAAACGCGGUGGGUUGCAACUUUAUCAGAUGGGUGGAAAAAAAGAAAUCUUUGUUUGCUAUCGCUGUGGUUACCCCGUGAGCAGCCGGCUCGUGGCGAUCCGUGAGGAUAACUGGGAUUAUCGGAUGUGCUAUAACUGCUAUACAUCCGUGAUGGUGAAGGGGAUGGAAAACCUGGUGUGA